AUGUUGGCCCGUCAAGCUAUUCGCCCAAUUGUCCAAGCCGUCCGCAAGCACGGCCACAGCAGCCAUUCUCCAGUUACAUACACUGGACAAGGACCACAGAGCUUCGUUAACGACGGAUGGGCUUCUGCUCGUCUUCCAUUCAACGUCAAUAACAAGUGGGCGUUUGCCACCAAGGCUAUCGUGUUCCUUUCCGUCGGCUUCUGGGCUCCAUUCAUCGUCGUCGAAUACCAAUUGAGAAAGGCCAACCAGUAA